AUGCUUCCCCCAGCCCUCAACAUCCCAAAAUGGCUCGAAGAAAACUCCCACUUGCUCCAGCCCCCCGUCAACAACUACUGCGUCUACCACCCCUCCAACCCGGCCACAGCCGGCUACACGGUCAUGAUCGUCGGCGGACCCAACGCGCGAACAGACUACCACAUCAAUACAACGCCUGAAUUUUUCUACCAAUAUCGGGGCUCUAUGCUCCUCAAAACAGUUGAUACAUCCACGACGCCACCUACGUUCCACGAUAUCCCCGUCCACGAAGGGUCCAUCUUCUUGCUUCCCGCGAAUACGCCACACUGUCCGGUGCGAUUCAAAGACACAGUCGGCGUGGUCAUGGAGCAGCCAAGGCCAGAGGAUGCGGUGGAUGUCAUGCGGUGGUACUGCAGGGACUGCCAGGAGAUUGUAUGGGAGAAACGAUUUGUGUGCACUGAUCUGGGCACGCAGGUCAAGCAGGUUGUCGAGGAGUUUGCGGCGGAUGAGGACAAGAGGACAUGUAAGAAAUGUGGGAGGAUUGCUGCAGUGAAGUACGCAGAGGGGGAUUUGGUUCAACCGCCAGCGCAUCCUGAGUGA